AUGCCCACCGAAUCCCCGGCAGCUCCCCUCCAGGGGAGCGGCGGCAACGGCGCCGGGCCGUCGCUCCCCACCCCUUCGUCGCUAAAAUGCACUUGGUGCGGCGCCGCGUCGUCUGGCCAAGCAGACGGCAUCAUCUUUCUCGGCCAACAGAUGGAGCGUGUGUGCGCAACCUGCAUGCGAACUGAUCAAUUCGAGCUUGGCGGUAUCACGACUGGUCUUGGCCUUGAUCUCGCGGGGUCUAGCAACCUCGUCGCGGCGUCUCCUUCCUCGGCCUUCGACUUCUCACGUCUCCGUGAUGCGAUCCGCGCGCGUGGUGCUGCGUCUGAGAGCAAGAAUGAGGACGGUGCCGCAUCUUCCUCGUCCCCUGCGUCGCCGCAGGAGCCCACCCCAGCUGCUUCUGUCACUCCACUCGUGAUCCCGGGCUCUGCUCGUGCCCCAGCUUCGCCCACCGAGGAGACAGCCGCCGAGAGCCCGACGCUUCAUUCCAAGUCUCUCCCUGCCGCCCGAACUGCCCCGUGGGCGACCGCCAACCCCACCCGGAACGCCCCCGCUGUCGCCCCGAUGACGCCCGCCAAGCGCGACACUGUCGAAGAGCGUGCCUCGAACCCGCUUCUCGAGGUCGGUAGCCGGGGCGUGCCCUCGACAGCGCGCGGCUGCUUAUACCCCGGCUCAGUCUUCCGCGGUACCCAGUCUUCAGGCAGGAACAGCUACGAUGUGCAGAUCCAGAUUGCCGACGUCAACUUGAACGAGUACACGCUCUGCGGCUACCUGACCAUCUGGAAGCUGACCGAGGCCCACCCCGAGCUCACGACGUACUUUGACGCCGAGAUUAUCGGACCCAAGUACGGCUUCGUGACCGGUCCGCGUUACGGCGCCAAAGAGCAUGACGACAUGCGCCACUGGGGCCGCUUUGAGGAAUUCCGCCGUCCCUCCACCCGAGCCGACAUUGUCCGUCCAGAGCAGCUGCUCCGCGACCCCCUCCCCGACACGAGCAGCGGCGAGAUCCGCCCCAAGGAGCGCGAGUUUGUCUUUCUGCGUAUCAAAGAGAAGUUCCUGGUCCCGAACCACCACGACCGCGACAUCUCGGGCGCUUCGUUUGCAGCUAACACCAGGCUUCUACUACGCUAUGGUGGAUCUGUCGCCUACGCUCGAGCCAGCGACGCCUACCUCGCCUCUGCUAAAGUCGCCACGCUCGCCCGGCCGCCGCCUCAGCUCCUCUAA